CGGCCGCCAUCGCUGCGGGACCCGCUCGCCCCGCCCGUCCCAGCCAUGGCGGAGCCCGGCGGGGGCCGCCCGGUCACCAUCAGCGAUGUGCAGCAGCUGGUGCGCAGGAAGGACGAGAUCGAGGCGCAGAUCAAGGCCUGCUACGAGCUGCUGGAGGGGCAAAAGGGCGUCGGGAUGCACGAGCCGCUGGUGGACGCCGAGGGCUUCCCCCGCAGCGACAUCGACCUGUACCAAGUGCGCACCGCGCGGCACAACAUCAUCUGUCUGCAGAACGAUCACAAGGCCUUGAUGAAGCAGGUGGAGGAGGCUCUGCACCAGCUGCAUGCCCGGGAGAAGGAGAAGCAAGCCAGGGAUGAGGCAGAGGCCUUGGCAGAGGCCAUGAGCCAGAACCAGAGCCUGCCACAGCCCUUUGCCAAAGUGAACGCCGUGACCCCGGGAUCCCCUGCCAGUGUCUCGGGACUUCAGGUUGAUGACGAGAUCGUGGAGUUUGGUUCUGUCAACGCAAGCAACUUCCAGAACCUGCAGAACGUUGCCACAGUGGUGCAGCACAGCGAGGGGAGACCCCUGAGCGUGACUGUGCUCCGCGGUGGCAGGAGGGUGCAUGUGGGGCUGACUCCGAAGCGCUGGGCUGGGAAGGGCCUCCUGGGCUGCAAUAUCAUUCCCCUGCAAAGAUGACCAUUGCUUGGAAAAUAAUAAAGCUGAAGCUUGUGCCUGCUU